UGCUAAGGAAGGCACAGACCGAACUGAUUACGCUGACCAACCGAUGGGCGUGGUCGAAGGUAGUAGACGCACACAACAACUACAAACAAAUCAAUGCGAAUCUGCAGGAGGCCACAAAGGCCAUCCCUAAGCUCAAGCAGACGAUAUCCACCAAGAAGGCACACAACGACGAG